AUGGAAACAACAAAUCUAACCUCCGGCUUUAUCCUUCUGGGCUUCUCCGACUUUCACUACAACCGUGCCGCUCUCUUCUCCACCAUUCUUGUCAUAUACCUCCUCACAUGGACAGCUAACUUAGUUCUAGUAAGUGCUAUUAAACUUUCUCCACAGUUGCACACACCCAUGUACUUUUUCUUGGGGAACCUGUCAGUAGUGGACAUCUCUUUCUCUACAGUGACGGUUCCCAAGCUACUGUAUUGCAUUUUUUACGGAGGAGCCUCAAUCUCCUUUCUCGGCUGUUUCCUGCAGAUGUUCUUCUUCCUGUUUCUGGGCACCACUGAGAGUUUAAUUCUGGCAGUCAUGGCGUUUGAUCGAUAUUUGGCUAUUUGUAGCCCCUUACGCUACACCUCGCUAAUGAGUGACAAGGUCGUGGUCAUGCUGACUAGUAGCUGUUGGCUUGCAGCUUCUCUACAUUCAUUAUUGCACACUUAUAUUCUGUCACAAUUAGUGUACUGUAGGGACAGACUGAUCCCUCACUUCUUCUGUGACGUGACCCCCCUCAUCAAGCUGUCUUGCUCCAGUACCACACUAGCUGAGCUUUUAAUAUACACUGAAGGUUCUAUGGCUGGUAACAUUCCAUUCCUUUUCAUUCUCAUCUCCUAUGUGCUCAUCACACGGGCUAUAGUGAAGAUGGAAGCUAAGAGCAGCCGAAGCAGAGCCUUCUCCUCCUGUUCUUCUCAUCUCAUGGUCAUUUGUCUGUUCUAUGGUACUGACAUUUUCAUUUACUUUCGCCCGCCAUCAGACUACUCCUCCCAGUAUGAUCGCAUUGUCAGCAUGGCUUACACCAUCAUCACACCUAUGCUGAACCCUUUUAUUUACAGCCUAAGGAACCAAGAUGUGAAACGGGCUCUGAAGAAACGAAUUAUGAAAUGCUUUAACACCAAGAUUGUUUUUCACAAGGGUCACGUGAUCUUUUUGUAG